ACUGGUUUAUUCGAAGUGUGAUGUGUCUACAGAAAAGCAUCAGGGAGGGGUCAGAAGGUUCAUCUUCGUUCAAAUAUACAAAUAUCCAUUAUUUCCGUCUAUUCUACAACUCAAACACGGAGAAUCUCCGCUCUCUGUGUACCUGCUUCCGGUCCUCACCUGCAGGGGGCGCGCGCCCGGUGGCAGCAGGCUGGGAGGCGCGCGGACUGUCAGCUGGUACGUUUUCAGACGGCGGGAUUUCCGUGUUUUCACCGUGAAAUGAUCAAUAUUCCCGCCGGUCACUGUGACGGCCGUUAUUACGUCAUUAUUCGCGCCAACAGAGACGCGGCUGUCGCGCGCGGCGGUGUCACAGAUCCUUCCGGGGGGGUGGGGGUGUUUGUAUUUGCCACCUGACCUUUCCACAACAGAUCUACCCCCCCAACCUAAUUUAACUUAUCGGAAGUUCUAGGAGGUCCAGAACCGGGUCUUCCGCCUGCCGGCUGGUUCUAAGGUGGAGGCAGACAUGUCUACAUGUGUCCUUGACAACGACCUUUGACCUCUCCUGACUGGUCCAGCUGAUGGCGCUCAGCAUGCAGGCGGCCUAUGAGAAGAUGCCAGCUCAGCUGAGGCGGAGCUCCAGACUCAGGAAGCUGUCAGCGCUGCUGCUGGCCGCCUACGCUGUCCGGAGACUGUCUCCGUACCUGUGGAGAAGACUGCAGAGGACUACAGCUGGGAGCAAGGAAGGAGGAGCUAAAUCUGCUGUGGGCGUGGCCAGCAGUGCAGAGGAAAAGAAGAGGAAAAAAGACAGCAAGUCUGUGUCAGUGAAUCGAGACUUCCUGCUCCGUCUGUCCCGCCUCCUGAAGCUCUUGUUUCCCCGGCUGCUGUCCCCAGAGUGCGGCCUGCUCGCCCUCCACACUCUCACGCUGAUGUCCAGGACCUUCCUGUCCAUAUAUGUGGCGUCUUUGGAUGGUGUCAUCGUCAAGUGCAUCGUUCAGAAAGACCCUCAAGCUUUUGUGCUGCAGCUCUCCAAGUGGCUGCUCGUCGCUGUUCCUGCUACCUUCAUCAACAGUGCAAUCAGGUUCCUGGAGGGUCAGCUCUCCCUCAGAUUUAGGAGCCGGCUGGUCAGCCACGCCUACCAGGUGUACUUUGCAAACCAGACGUAUUACAGGGUCAGCAACAUGGAUGGCCGUCUGUCCAACCCCGAUCAGUCUCUGACAGAAGACAUCGUCAUGUUUGCGUCGUCCAUCGCUCACCUGUAUUCCAACUUGACCAAGCCCAUCCUGGACGUGGUGGUCACCUGCUACACGCUUCUGAGCACGGCUCACGCCAAAGGAGCGAACACCUCAUGGCCUGCCGCCAUCGCUGGCCUGGUGGUGGUGCUCACGGCGAAGGUGCUGCGCUCCUGCUCGCCACACUUCGGGAAGCUGGUGGCCGAGGAGGCUAAGAGGAAGGGCGACCUGCGCUACAUGCACUCGCGCAUCAUCACCAACUCAGAGGAGAUCGCUUUCUAUGGUGGACACAAGGUGGAGAUGGCCCAGCUGCAGCAGAGCUACCGCUCCCUGUCCACCCACAUCCAUCAGAUCCUCCUGAAGCGCCUGUGGUACAUCAUGCUGGAGCAGUUCCUCAUGAAGUAUGUGUGGAGCGCGUCUGGCCUCGUGAUGGUCGCCGUGCCCAUCAUCACCGCCACGGGAUACUCAGAAUCUGACUCGGAGGAGGUGAAGAGGGCAGCGAUGGUGAUGAAGGAGGAGGAGCUAGUGAGUGAGCGGACGCAGGCAUUCACCACAGCCAGGAACCUCCUGAACGCCGCCGCCGAUGCGGUGGAGAGGAUCAUGAGCUCCUACAAGGAGGUGACCGAGCUGGCGGGAUACACUUCCCGGGUCUCCGAGAUGUUGGAUGUGUUUGAGGAUGUGAGUCGAGGAGUUUACCGGCGGUCUGCAUACAGAGAGGACGAGUCCUCGCAAACAGGAGACGAGGUCCAACCCAAGCAGAGAGUCUGCGGUCCGCUGGAGAUCAAAGGUUGGUUCCGAACCGGCUCCGCGGUCACUGAGGGGGAGGGGCUGGAGAUGACCGCUGUGUGGUGUGCAGGUCAGGUAAUCAGCGUGGAGAAGGGGAUCCGCUGUCAGAACCUGCCGAUCAUCACGCCGUCCGGAGAUGUGGUAGUGUCCAGCCUGAACAUCCAGGUGGACGAGGGCAUGGACGUCCUCAUCACCGGUCCAAACGGCUGUGGGAAGAGCUCCCUGUUCAGAAUCCUCAGUGGACUGUGGCCCGUUUACGGAGGAAUGCUGUACCGACCGGAACCACAGCACAUGUUCUACAUCCCACAGAGGCCCUACAUGUCGGAGGGGACCCUCAGAGAUCAGGUGAUCUAUCCAGACUCGGUGGAGGACAUGCUUCGGAAGGGGGUGACGGAUUCAGCCCUGGAGCAGAUCCUGAAGACCGUCCACUUGCUCUACAUCCUGGACCGAGAGGGAGGAUGGGAAUCCAUCAGCGACUGGAAGGACGUUUUAUCUGGAGGAGAGAAGCAGAGGAUGGGCAUGGCCCGCAUGUUCUACCACCGCCCGCGGUACGCUCUCCUGGAUGAGUGCACCAGCGCCGUUAGCAUCGAUGUGGAGGGAAGCAUCUUCCAGGCCGCAAAGGAUGCUGGGAUUUCCCUGCUGUCAAUCACCCACAGACCCUCCCUUUGGAAGUACCACUCCCACCUGCUGCAGUUUGAUGGUGAAGGAGGGUGGAAGUUUGAGCCGCUGGACGCCUCCACCCGUCUGUCGCUGCAGGACGAGAAGCAGCGGCUGGAGACGCAGCUGUCAGGGAUUCCCAGGAUGCAGCAGAGGCUGUCGGAGCUGCGCCACCUGCUGGGGGAGGAGGAGCGUGACGCCAGUGGACACGGAGCUGAGGAGUGACAGCUCCAGAAGGGCGGUCCAACAUUUCAGCCUCUGGAUUUGGAAGCUCAGACGGACCCCCCCUCCUCCCGUCGGCUCAUUUCCAGAGUGUAACCCACAACCUCAGGACAGACACUGAACCACAGGGACAUUUGGAACCACCAGAACAGAACCAGCUGGGACCCUGUUUUUGCUGAAUUUGUUUGCACACAUCUUCUUCCAGGUGAUCUCCAGCUGGUCAUGUGACCAGUGACGUCAUAAUUGAUGAAAAAUAUAUGAAAAAAGUUCUGCUAUAGGAAGCGUGUGGAUGAAGGUUCUCAUUCAUCUAUACUUUAGGAAGUGUAAGGAUCGAUAUUCUGCUGCAAUGCUCUAUCAAUCAUGAGGACAAUGAAGGUGCCUUACAAAAUAAAAGUCUUGAAUGAUCA